UGCUGACGGCAGACGAGGCGAGUCCAGGUUCCUGUUCGUUGUGUUCGCUCUCUUGCAUUUUGGUCGUUUUCACCAGUCUUUCGUGCCGACUCCAUCGUAUACUCACUGCAGGAACACGUCGCCGAUACACCUGGACACGGCUUGAAAGCGACUUGCAUACCACAUACUCCCCGGAUAUCUUUAGCCCACGCUGGGGGCCAAGAUGGCGGACAAGAUCAACAAUGAGUCGUACCGAAAGAAGUACAACGAGCAGCCGAAGCUCGAGCACCUGUCAGAGGAAACCUUGAAGAAUCCACCAAAGCAGAGGACAGUCCAACAACAGGAGAAACAGGACCGUCUCAUCAAGAAAGAAAAGCGGGAAGCAGGUCUUGAGUCUAACCGAUCACGAUCAUCUUCACGAAGAGAGCGAAGGAAGCGUAUUCAGCAAGCCAUGACAGAUGGCAAGUAUAUGAAAACAGGCUCGCUGGAGGCUUUGGAAGAGGCAGAUGCCAAUGGAGACCUUGAUCAACAACGACCAUUCGAGCGGAUAGGUCCCGACAGCACAUCUAUGGACGGUCCUGUCACGCAUGCUCGAGCUAUGCGAGGAGAGAUUCCAGUUCGUGGCUCAAACCCGAAUCAACCAUACUAUAUCACGCCGCAAGAAGAGGAGAGCAAUGGGUCAGCCCUGAAAGACACCGACGGUCUCAAGCUCACACUGGAAGCCAACCUUGAUGUCGAGAUUGAAUUGAAAGCCAGUAUUCGCGGCGAUCUCACACUAUCACUAUAUGCAUGAAGAAGAGGUGUUUUAACAUGUCCAAUGUGUAUUGAUUGACACCACAAGCGAAUCUGAACGCAAUUCGGAGCAGAGUUGCUGACAAGUUUUUCUCUCCGCAGCGAGUAAUUGAGAGGUCUUUAGCGAUACGUGAUGUCGCAUCAGAUUGGAGGAACGAUAUCAGAUGGCGUGGUUUUGAGCAUAGUUCGAUGAGUGCUGUUAAAGAUCUUUGGAAGUUCGGUGUAAUGGAGUAAGAGAGUUAGUGGGAAUUGAAUGAAUAGCGGCAGUCAAAUCCAGUAAUGCCCUUCGCAAGGAAGUUGCCUGUUCCAUCAUACUUGUAUCAGCUCACGGAAUGGUC